AUGUUUGAUUGCAGCUUUGGACACGGAGUUAAAGUCGAACACGAUAUUACUGUACUAGCGCACAUACUAUCACCGUGUACUGUCAUUAAUAAGCAUUCACAAUCUGCAUUUAAUGAACAUGAGAAUGGUUUGACAUCACAUUUUAGUAAUAGACCUCAAUCACAAUCAGCUGAUGAUCAUGAUGAAAUAGAGACAUCGUUUCCUAAAUAUUUUCAUAUUGAUAUUAUUGUUAUUGCUUUACUAUUGAGUGCAGUCGUUUAUUCUUCAGCCUACGAUGUUGGUGUUGAUUAUCAUGCUACUGAAGCUGAUUUUAUCGAUAGUGUCUUUAUAACACAAUAUCAUACUCCAAAUGUACGAUCAACAGUUCUGACUCAACUUCAAGGUAUUACUGAUAGAGGUGCAACUUUUGUUUCUUUACGAAUUUGGCUUGUUGCACAACCGAAUGGAUCGGCCGAUCCAAAUUGGCAAGCUACAUUUCCAUUAAGUGAUCAAGAAAAGACAAAUCUGCAUCAAUACGCUAAUGAUGUAGCAUCUAUUCAGAGCGCCAUUGAUGGUCAUCGAUUGCGUUUAGAUGUUUGCCUUCUAUGGUUAGGUGCUGCAGAUUAUACAAUUGGUAAUUUAACUGUUGGCUUUGGAUAUUUUCAUUUAAAUGCUAGCGAAUUUACAUUACGUGUCGAAAAGACCGUCGAUAGUGUUUUACAAGCGCUUGCAAAUGUUAAACGACCGGAUGGUGUUCUACUGGUUCAAACUGUUUAUCUCGAAGGUGAAGUAAUGAUUGGCGCAAAAGCAAACCAAGAUUGGUUUCUUGCUACUCAUUAUCCACGUUUUAUAGAAGUUGUCACAAAUGCCAAUUUUACUCCAUCGGUCUAUUUUCUAGUGGAUGGACUUGAAAAACAUGUUCUUCAAGCUGAUUAUAUCGAUGCACAAUUUCCAGCUUUGAAUGGACAUCGAUCGAUGUAUUGGGUCUAUCGUAGUCUGAAUUUUAUGAAGAAUGAAAAGUUACCAUUACCAUCACGUAUUGAUUUCUCUUGUUACAUCGAUCGGCAAACAGCUACUUAUGAAAGUUUAAUCAGCCAUAUUAUUGAUGAUGCAUCAGCAUCGUUGUCUGUUCUUGGUGCUCCUGAUUUCUAUGGUGUUGCUGAAACAUAUUAUUUCGUUGAUGAUACACAAAGAAACGAAUAUGGGCAAGCUUUUGCCAUCGAAGCUUUACUUAAUCCACGUCUCGAUCGACUUAGUUUUUGGACAACACCUGAUGCUGGAGGACAAGGAGUCAAUGUAGCUUAUCCAUUUGCUAUUGAAGAUUUUCUUUUACCUUCUUCGUAUUGA